AUGCGAAGCCCGGAGACGCCCCAUGGUCCGACCGCCCCUGGCCUUCCCCUGCCGGUCCCUUUGAUCACCCCUCGCCAUCCGCGGAACCCUCGCUGGGGUCGCACGCUGACGCUGACGAACGUGGCACGGGCCCCCCUCUCCGCCAACGCCGCUCUCCACGACCGCGCCACGGAGACCCUGGCUAUCCGAGCGGGGCCCCACCGCUAUGCUCAGGCCCUUCAUUUCCACGCCUACGGCCUUUACAAGCCCGGGGGCCGCCAGCUCCACCGCCGCAGCCUGGGCUACAGCCCCGAGGGCGACCUCGUCCUGACUCGCGAGGACUACUCCGAGACCAGCGACGGGGAUCUCUGGUUCACCCCGCGAUGUACCCUUCUCUCGCAGCCCACCGUCCUCGACCCGGCCGCGCGGCGGCCGAUGACCGAUACCGAGCUCGCCCUCACGUCGACCCGACGGGGGGGUUGGGGUCAAUUUAAAAAGUACCCGGGGAUCUACACCCCGGUGAAUAAAAAACGGCGGAAUCGACUCCUCAAUGACUACUUCGCCACCCCAAUGGGGAUAGAGCUGCUGGAGAAGAACCGCGCCUGGCGUAGGGAGAACAACCGGAAGCACCUCAACAAAGAGAAGGGAGAGGAUGAAGACGACGACAACGACGAGGAGGAGGAUAAGGAUAUGCGGCCUUUGCGUCCGUUUUUUACUGAUCUCCCGCCGUCAGUACAGCGGGUCUUUGAAAAGGCCGACGAGGCACAGGCGUGGGAACUGGCAAAGCUGGGGGUCAAGUCACCAACAGGCAGCGCGCAAUCUAUGCGGGAUCCGGAUUCUGCCGAAGUUCGCUUCCAGGCCCUCAACACUCGCCUCCGCGGGGAGCUUCACCACGCCCUCAACAGCGAAUUCCUCUGCUCCCAGAUCGAGGACCUCGAUGUCUGCUUCGCCGAGAUGAUAAAACGGGCCUCGACAUUGGAUUCCCUGGUCUUUCGCUUUCGCGACGGCUACGGCCGUCUGCUCUGCCAUGGCGUUGCGGCCUACUACCAACUCGUCUCCGAAUCCCGCCAGCUCUCGGACGAGUUCACGAAAAUCACUGUGGUCUCCUUUCCUCAAUCGAAAAAGGACGGCGUGCGGGUUCCCAACCUCCCACUACUCCCCCUCCUCCACGUCCUGCGCGGCUAUCGCAGGAAGAUGCCCGCGCGGCACCCGCUUUCGGCUUCGAACAGCCCCAACCAGGAGUCCGCGCAGCCGGAGCCAAUCUCACCACUGUUUUUGGAGGAAAACUGCACAAAUGGGAUGUUCUUUCCGCCCCCGCAUUUUUCGUUGCCGUCGUCGGCUGCCUUGCCUAAUCAACGGCCCCAAGUAAAUACAACUAUCUGUGUAACCAAACGCACGGAUUGCCUUCAGAUCAAGGUGGAGGACAUGGAAGUCUACGUUCCGCAGCUCCGAAUUCAGGAAAUAGACAACGCGACUUGCGAAAAUGAAAACGAGGAUCAUACACUUAACUUUUCCUUCUCGAUGGAGAAAAUUGGGGAAAGAGAAAAUGAGUUUUCUUCCAACCUCACUUUCCCACUAACGGCAACGCAGCGUAAGAAGCUUAAAAAAGCAGAGAGAGUGAGAACUGCCGCGCGACAGGCCUCUAUACAAAAGGAUUUGAUAGAUGAAAGCGCUGCCCACUAG